AAGAGGAAAAAGUGAUGAGGAAGUGUUGCGGAUUGCACGCCAUUGGAAGAUUCCAUCAACACCUUCAACGUGGAGGCAAAUUGUGAGGAGUGAAGUGUCCCUGAACCUUAAUGGAGAAACGGAACCGAAGCAAAGAGACAACCAACAGCGACGACCAACUCCCAUGACCACCGCCGUUGCAUUGCCCAAACGAACAUGGCGAAGACCAAGAACAGCCAAGAGGUCAGCAAGAAGGAGGCUACACGCCUCUAUAACAAAAUUUACAAUGGAAAUGCAACCGAGAAGGAGAAAGAACGAUACGGUGCGCUCACAGGAAAGCCUGCAGACGCAGUCCCACGGCGAUCCAAGGAAAAACAAGCGCUGAGUCAAAAAAUCCGACGAGGCACUGGAUCGGAACAAGAUGAACAACGCUUCAGUGAGCUGGGUGGGAAAAAAGCGAAAGUUACGACGUUGCGAAAAUCCAAAGAGGCACAAGCCUUGUACAGCCGCAUCUACCAUGGCAAUGGCACCGAGAACGACGAGCAACGGUAUUCGGAGCUCACUGGAAAACCUGCAUCAAGCGUGAAACGAAGGCCCAAGGAGCUCACGCCCUUGUAUCAUCGCAUCUCUGCUGGAAAAGCAACCAAACAAGAAGAACAGCAGUACUUGGAGCUCACUGGAAAACCUGCCUCGUCUGUUCCAAAACAAUCAUCAUCACAGGAGAGAGCAUCAUUGCACGAGAAAAUCCGCAGCGGCAAGGCCACAAAGAAGGAUGAGAAACGAUACUUGAAGCUCACUGGGAAGCCUGCUUCAUCCGUCACAAAGAGGACCAAAGAGGUCAGAUUCAUUUACAACAAAAUAUACAAUGGAAAUGCCACAGAGCAAGAGGAAGAACGAUACUUGGAGCUCACGGGAAAGCCCGCCUCGUGUGUGGCCAGAAGAUCCAAGGAUGAGCAAGCAUUGUAUAACAAAAUCUACUUGCAAAAGGCAACAGAGAAGGAAGUCCAGCAAUAUCACGAGAUCACGGGAAAGCCGGCAUCCAGAGUCCCAAAACACUCCAAGCAGUCCAAGGAAAUUACAACCUUGUACGACAAAAUUCGCAAUGGAAAUAGAUCCAAACAAGUGGCACAGCGAUACCAUGAGCUCACGGGAAAGCCUGCUUCCAGUAUUCCCAAACGAGACGCCAAAAAGGAAUACAAGGAGAGAAAAGCCUUAUACGACAAAAUACGCAGGGGAAAUGCAACUGAAGAAGAUGAGCAGCUUUACUUGGACCUCACGGGGAAGCCGGCUUCGGACGUUCCAAGAAAAUCAAAGGAUAAUCAUCAACAACACGUACACGACAACAACAACAUUUCCAACGAAGUAGUUGCCCCCAAACAAGUAGUUGCCAGGAAAACUCAUGCACUCACCAGGAAAGAGCCAUCUGUCGUCGUUGCCAGAACAACAGCAACGUCAUCCAAGCAGCAAGCAAGACAGAACAAAGCUCUGUACGACAAAAUCCGUAGAGGAUACGGCACGGAGCAAGACGAACAACUGUACUUUGAGCUAACAGGAAAGCCUGCUUCCACGGUGCCAAGAACACAAAAGAGAAAUCCAUCCUCCGAACUACUUGUGGACGAGGAGGAGGAGGAGGAACAAGAAGAAAUGAUGCAAGUGGGGGCAAAGCGAAAAUAUAGCGACGAAGAGCCAAUAAUCGAAGAGGCCACCAAAAAGAAGAGAACCAAGGCACUUGGGUUUUACUAUUGCACAAGCACCAUGACCUUGCAACCGGAAAGGCCCAACAAUCCCGCGAUUGUGGUAUAGAGAAUUUGAUGAUGAUUAUUCGUUCCGAUUGUCACUGAUUGCAUUGGAUUGCGUUGGAUCUGGCCUCUAUACGAUAUCCCGCUCGGGGACAUUUUGCGGGUUGUUUCCCUAGACCGGUACCGAGAAUAGCAGCAUGAUACACCUGCAAUUCCCUUCUGGAGGCAUCUCUUAAUAACCAAGGAAUCCUACAUUAUGAGAGCCUCUGUGUUUAACACGCAGGAUAGGCUGUGGCCGCAAACCAAGUCUUACUAGCUAGUUUGCUAAAACUAAUUUCUAGCUAGAGCUCAUCGUAUAAAUAGCACAUGAUGGC